AUGCUCCGUCCGGCUACCGGUAGCAGGCAGAACAUGCAGUUCGAUGAGCCCAGUACCCCAUCCAGGCUAGGGCCGGGAAGCCCGGGCCAGAUGAGAGGGAAUGUGAGGGCUAUGGCAAAGCCCGACAGGAUGGACAUCAAUAGUGAAUUUGAGAAACUCCUGGACCAAUAUCAGGUCCCCGCGACCGUCCGUGCCAAGUUGACACCUCUCGACACCCCGAUCAAAGAAUCCAUGCUCCGUUCCUCCCAACAACCUCGUCUUCAAGGUCUUCGGACCCAGUCAUUCUACCCUGGAUCCCCCUCAAGAAUUGCCGGUCCACCAUCUACGCCUAUGCUAAGGAAGACUCGCUCGGGAUCAUCGCUCGGCUCUCCUGGAACUCCGAUCAGGGGAUCCGACUCGAUGCCGGAAAGCCCCUCGUGGCGGUCCACUAUUACGGUCGAGGAUGACAAGUUCGUCAUGGUCAGGUCCGAGGCUCAGACACCUGUCGGUCGGAAACGUCUCACCACGGACGGUCUCCCGAUGCCUCCCCCUCUACCUGGCGAUUCGCUGCCGGACGAGGUGGUCGCUACAGGGAGAAGAGAUAAACGCUCUUCUUUCGACUUGACGAGUAUGAAAGAACGAGCCGGAAGCUUGGCCGGUGGUUCUUUUUCAAGCAAGGGAAGCAUCUUCAGUAAGAAUAAAUCUAGUAAGACGCCGGGUGCCGGCGCAGUUUCAGGUUCGGGCUUUUUGAGCCGGGCUCAGCAGCCGGAAGAACGACAAAGAACCAGGAGCAAACCAGAUGCUCCAGUCAUGAACGGCAAGAGUAACAAAGAACUUCCGGAAACGUGGGCGAGAUGGUUGGCUGGGGAAGACACUUUCAAGAUGGAUAUAGGCAAAGUCAAGAGGUUGCGAAUGUUGUUGCGGCACGAGACGACCGAAUGGGUAGAAACUUUCUUGAUUCACAAGGGGUAUGACUAUAUUCUUGCUCGACUAAAGGACCUCUUGGAUGUCGAAUGGCGCGAGGAACAGCACGACGAUCAGCUGCUGACCGAGCUACUACGUUGCAUCAAGGCGGUCGAAACUGCCGAGGUUGGCAGAGAGACCAUGCGGGCAUUCGGUACCAGCCCGUUCCGUGAGCUCGUAGAACUGCUCUACAGCUCGAAGAAGCCCGGAGAGGUGGUCACCCGGCGAUUCAUUAUCGAGAUCGUCCAGUCGCUCCUACAAGUUUACUCCGACAGCCCGGCAGAGGUCAAACUCCCUGCCUCUACCUCGCGACCCGGUAGCAGGCCAACGACCAUCUCAUUCUCCGAGCAGUCCGUGCCUAUGAUAGCACGAACAGCUUCACGACCCAACCUUCGAGGCGCGGGCUUCGGAUCACCGCCAAUUCCCGAGAACCACCCCCAUAUCUCUCUUUACAUCGCAAGCCUGCUUAAACACCGGCCUCAAGUCAAAGCGCUCGAAGACAUAUUCCAGCAGCCAGCGCAUGAUCGGUCCGGGUCCAGGAUCCUAUGCCCGGCUUCCGAGCUUCCGGCACCCAAGUUAGAGAUGCACGAUUUCGUCAAACAAGCACACAAGGAUAGGGCGUACAGGCAGUACCUGGACGAAAUCAACGAUGUGUGCCGAGAUUAUUUCUGGGUGAUGUGUCAUUCUGGAAACGGCCUAUGGGAGCUAGCCGAAGUGGACAUGAAUAGUAUCAAGCCGCAGGCACCUAGCGGGGCGUCAGGCGGGGUCGAAUUUGAAGCCAUGGAUUACCUAACAACACACUUCCAGAUGCUUAACGCACUCGGCAGAGCUCUAUACGAAUAUGACCUACAGGAUCCGGCGGUACGAAAUAACGAAAAGAAGGGAGACGCUUGGAGGUUCUUCCAAGAUAUGGCUGCGAGCGGUCUCGACCGAACAUUGGUGACUGUGCGCAAGGCGUCAUACGAAUACUACCCUCACUUUCACCUAGAAGUCGCCAAGUUCAUCCGCCUCAUUGUCGAUGUGGGAUUCGACCUGUCCUAUCCCGUCCAGCGUCUCCUCUGUGCACCACCAGCGCAAUACAGGAAGCGCGAAGAAAGGGUCCAAGACCGCACUUCUUACACGACAUACGAAGCGGCUGCUAGAGGAGGAGGUGGUGGUGGUGGGUUCCUCGAUACCGCGAAUAACAACGUGGCUCUAUCGAGAGAAUGGGAUCGACCCAGCGGGGGCGGCAAUUACGACUUUCAACUUUGA